UAAGUAAUUUCUUGAUUUUAAAUUUUAGUAUAAUGUUAAUCGUGUUUCAGUAUUUGAUAACACAUUCGAUAAUACGAAGCGAAACGAACGACUCUUAGAAGGGUAUGUGUCACUUCUCGGAGCGAAGUGUUCUAAUUAAACUUCCUAAAAGCCCAGAAAAAAAAUCAGUGAGGUGACAAUGUGGUGGAGCGAGAGUUCUGAUCCACCAGGCGACCAGACGCAGGCGCCUGCACAAAAUGUGGAAGUAAAAGAACUUCAAGACCAGUUCGAACAGCAGCAGACGCUAAUCGCCCAACUGAAGGAGAUGUUGAGGAAAAAUGAGCAACAGCUUGUCACAAAAGAGAAGGAAGUUGAGGAAUAUGCAACCAAACUCUCUGGCAUUAAGUCUCGAGUUUCCAAAAGAGGACGUGCAAAAGCAGAAAAAACUGAAGCUACAGUUUCUGAAAGUGUGCCGGAUGCUGUUCAGCAAGAUGUGGCAACUGCAGAUUCCAAAGAUGAGGAAUUGAAAUCAACUGGAAAAAGAAAAGUUCAGAGAGGCAACCUGAUUCUUUUAAGAAAACAAUUAGAGGAGAACAGAAUAAAAUGUGAGCAGCGAAACAAGGAAGUUACAAAAAAUAAGCGUGGUAUUGAGGAGAUGGUUGAACACUUACGAUCACAGUUGGAAGAGAGAGAACAGACUAUUCAAGAACUGAAAGGAGAAUUUAACACUAGGUUAUUAGCAGCUGCUUCCUUAACACAAACAGUUCCUACUGCAGAGGUCACUCAAUCAUUUGAAAUACCAGAAGGUAUGUCACCAGAACAUCAGAUUCAAGAACUGCACUCACAGAUAUCUCUGAGAGACAAUAGAAUUACAGAACUUAAUGGUAAAAUAAUUGAACUGGAAAAUACAAUAAUUGAUCUUCAAGAGAACUUGAAGGAGAAGGAUUCUGUAAUUGAAGCUCGCACAAAGGCAAUAACAUUAAUGUCAGAAGACUUGUCACGCAAAAGCAAGGCAACUUUAGAUACCUUAGAUGAAACACGUGAGGAGAUGAGGACAAUGCAGCAAAAUUUUGUUGCCCUUGAAUCAAACAUGAAAAGAGAGAAAGAAGACCUGAAUAAACAACUGGAAGCAAAAAACAAGAGGUUACAACAGAUGGAAGACAGAAACAAGAUGCUGGAAUCAACAAGAUUUGAGCUGAGCACUCGGAAUGCAGAGCUCCAAGAGAAAGUUGUUCUUUUGCAAUCUGAAUUACAGAAACAGUCUGAAGAAAAUCAUCUAACUGAUAAUGUAAGAGCAUUAGAAGAGGCUCUUGAGAAAGCAAACAAUGAGAUUAGUAGCCUGAAAUCUGUUAUUCAUGAAAACAAGAUUCAACAAAGUAAUGAAGAUAUCGAGCUAUUGCAUCAAAGAAUUGCUGAGCUUGAAGAAGAUAAAGGUAACCUACAGUUACAUCUGGUAGACUUUGAUGACCUGAAAGGAUCAGAAGAUCUGUGGAAGCAGAAGGUAAUAGAGCUAGAAGACAGAGUGAAACAGCAAAACCUCGAUUUGGAUUCCCAUUUGCAUGCACUUUCUCUUAUUGAGUCUGAGAAACUGGAUUUAAUACAAGCACUACAAGAGAAGUCACAUGCAACAAACUCACUUGAAGCCAAAGUAGCAGACCUGCAACAAAUCAUAUCAGAAACUGAGAACUGUAAGGUCACAGCUGAACUGAAGGCAGUGGAACUUGAGGAGCAAGUUGACAUGUUGUUAAAACAAAAGGAUGAUCUUGCCAGUGAACUAGAAAAUAUGAAAACAGCUUUAGUUCAGUUUCAUAAUCAGCCUCUUAAAAAUGAUGAGCAAUUCUCAAACCAGUUUCAUGAAAAACAUGAAACUUGGGAUGUACAGGAACUCUCAGAAAAAGAGGAGAAGGAUUCUUCCAAUUUGGAAAUAUCAUUGAAACCUCUUGAAAGUGAACUUGAACAUGCAAGGAAAACAAUUGCAGAGCAAAGAGAAAUAAUAUCAGAGUUAAAUGAGAAACUCAGACAAAGAGAAGAGGAAAUGGAAUUACAACUGGAAAUUAUUUCAAAAUUGGAAAAUUUAGGGGAUCAGGUACAAGAAAGAGAAGAAAGCAAUGAGGAUGGUAAUAAAAUUUCUGAAAUUGUGAAAGAACUUGGAGAGAUGGCAGGAGACUUAAAUGAAUGGAAGAAGCGAUGCUCUGAAGUAGAGGAUAGGUUGGAGCAACUGGGAAAUGAAAAAGUUCAACUAGAAAGACAUUUAGAAGAAGUGAUAAAUGAAAAUCAGGUCAUAUCUACACAACUUAGAUUUCAGAAAGAAAUUUCUGAGGAGCUAGAAGCAAAGCUAAGUGAGCAGUAUCGAAUUCUUGCCACACGAGAUGAAGCCAUUAAUAAACUGAAAGAUACGGUAAAGGAGCAACAAAAAGCUCUGGAAAGUAAAGAUGUUGCUUUGUUGGAUGUUUCUCAGAAGCUACAAGAACUAGAACAAGAAGUAGAUAAGCAACAUCAGGAACUUGCAGCUGAACUUAUGUGUAGAACACAGGAAUUAGAAAAAGUCAAUUCUGAAUAUUUGGAACUGAAACUUACUUUUAAUGACAAAGAACAAGAACUAAAUAGUUUGAACAUACUAAUGCAAAAUUUAUCAGUACAAGUUGAUGAUGUUAUUAAUAGAAUUGGCUUAGGCAGCAUUGAUGUGAACAACAGUAUUUGUAGAAAACUGGAGGUUGCUUUGUCAGUAAUUGGAGAAAAGUGUGUCGAUUUGAUUUCAGAAAAUCAAAUGCUUAUUGGCACUACUGAACAAAACAACACUGCUUUAAAAGAAAUGAUUGAAAAACUGUCAUACAUGGGAAAGGUUGCUGCUGAGUUUGAGGAAAAUUUUGAAAUUCAGAAAAAGAAAGAUGAUGAACUUUCUAAUGUCAAAGAAGAUCUUGCAAGGAAAUUGGAUGAGCUGAGCAAUAAAGAUAAAACUAUCAGUGAACUUGAACAGAAAAUUACAGAGCAAAUUUCAAAAAACAAAAAGCUUGCAAAAUGCCUGAAAGCCAAAGCAGUUGUUGUCCGAAAUUAUGAAGAGAAAGAAAAAUUAUGGGAAGCAGCAAAUCAGUCAAAGGAGCAAGAGGCUGCUAUUGGAAAAUCUCUUCAGGAAAAUAUUAGUGCUCAGCAAGAAAGUGAAAUACUUUCACUGCAUAAACAGUUACAGGAAAAGGAUGAUGACCUGAGGAAAUAUAGUCACAAAUGCAGUGAACUUGAGAAUGAAAUUUCUAAUCUUACUCAGACAUGUGCAGAAUUACAGCAGCAACUUCAGCUGGUAUCUGAGGAGAGGAAUAAUACAAGCUGUAUCAUGCAGGAAAUGAGUGCAGAAAUGAAGGAAAGAGAAGAAAAGAUCAAUAAAUUGCAAGAAGAGCUUACUGCUAAAGAUGUACUCAAAAAUGAAUUAACGGAAGAAAAUAAAAAUAUAUUGAUGAAACGGGUAGAGCUUGAAAAUGAAUUGGUAGAGCUCCAUGGUAAAUUAUCACUUAUGGAAACUGAUGCCAUAAAAAAAUCUAAUGAAGUGGAGACUCUUAUAAAAGUAAAUGCAGAGAAGGAUGCAAAAUUAUUAGAUCUUCAGCUGCAACUUGAAAGAUUGUCAAGUUUGGAGGAGUCAGCUGCACAGAAAAAUGCAAUAAUUGCUGAUCUUGAAGAGCAGAUAAGCAGUAUGUCUGAGAAUUAUCAAAUGACUUCUUCUGCAAUGGAAGCAAAGCUGCAAGAACGGGAAGCGUAUUUAGAGGCACUAGAACAGGAACUGACAAAGAGUAGAGAAAGAGCUGCACAUUUGGAGGAAGGUCUUUGCAAUAUGGAAGAAAGGCGUAGAUCGUUAGAAGUAAAAUUUGAAACAUUAAGAGAUAUGUUGAUGGAAGCUGACAGGAAGAAAGAAGAAGUUGAAGAAAGUGAGGAAAUUUUGGAAGCACAAAUAUCUAACCUCAUGAGAAGUGUAGAAACAUUCAAGAAACGUUUGUAUGAGACAGAAGAGGAAAAUGGAGAUCUCAGUAGGAGAAUAUGUGAAAUGAAAGAUGAAAAUGAGUCCUUACAGAAAUCUUUGCUGUCAGCAGAAAUGACCACAAAGAGCUUGCAGAAAGAUGUGGAAAGACUGUCUUCAUUUGAGGUCUCAUAUACUGCUGCUCUUGAGAAAAUUGAGUCCUUGGAAAUUGAACUCAAACAGUCAGCCACAGAGUAUGCACACAAUCUGAAAGCGAGAAGUGAACAGGAAAAACUUCACAGAGAAACUUUGGAAUCUGACUUAAAGAGCUUAAGUCAUCAGUUAGAAAUAUCAGAAAAUGAAAAACGCUAUAUUAACGAACAGCUCGAAAAGCUGAAUGAUGUCAAGGUAACACUUGAGGAUGAAAUUGAGUCUUUAAAUGAGAAUCUUAGAGUUGCCAGUUCACGGAUAAGUGAAUUAGAGGAAGAAAGAAAAUUUAAUUCUUCUGCAGACAACCAGCCAAGUGAAAGAUCAGCAGUUAGUCAACUUUUCACUGAUCACCAGAAGAUACAACAAGAAACUGACCCAGUAGUCACAGAUGAUGAAAAAUACAAUGAUUCCAAACUUUGUAAAGAGGAAUACAUUAAAAACUUGUCUGCUGAGAUUGACAAAUUGAAAACCUUAUUGUCACAAAAAGAUAAUGAAUUACAUACCUAUCAACAAAGGUUGCUUCAGUUGCAGUUUGGAUCAAACCAAGGUGUGCCUUCACCUGAGGUCUGUGGAGAUGCAUUUUCAUCAGUGAAUAAAAAUACAAGCAGUCCUUCUUUCCAGGAAGCAAGAAGUGACGAUAUGAGCAAAAGUGUUUCAGAAUUAAAUGAAGAGAUUGACAUACUUAAGUCAGACCUUCUAAAAUCACAAGAGCAUAUAGAGGAAUUGAAGUGUAAGGUGGGUCUUCUAGAAAAUGAAGUAAAAGAUAAAGAAGCAAAACUUCAGCAGUCCUCAAAUUCUGUUGAAGAGCUAUUGCAGUUCAAGGAUUUGUGUGUUAGCUAUCAAAAAUGCAUAUCAGAUUUGAAACAGGAAAGAUAUAAAAUUUAUCAAGAACUCAUUAAAUCUACAGCUGAAAGUGAAGUCUCUGAAAUUAUUAACAAAGCUGUUGAAUGUGUUAACAUGAAAGAGACUGAGCAUCUGCCGAAUUUGCAGAAUCCAAGUGCUUUCACUGGUCAGCAGCCGGUAGAUGAACCUAGACCUACAGGGGAAGAAUACAGACUUUUAACAGAUAAACUAAAGAAACUGGAAAUAGAACUAGAAGUAAUUAAAACCGAGAGGGAUAAAGCCGUAGAGAAAAUUGAGUUAAAUGUAAACUCAUCAUUGGCUGCAGAACAUUCUUUCUCAGCAGCAGCAUUAGACAGUAGUGACAUGAACCAGAGACUGUCCAAUGUACCAGAACCACUAGAAAUUGAUGGUAUGCCAGAGGAAGCAGUUGAAACUUACCAGAGAAAGUCUUUUGUUUUUGGCUUGCAUUACUCUCCUUUAGAACCUACGGACACAGUAGAAACAGUAGAUGAUGAUGAUGGCUGGGGAUGGAGUGCAAGUGAAGCAAGGCUUGAAGAGGAGCACAUGCAGAAGCAACAAGAAACUUUCUCUGCUGUUGAUGCAAAUACUUUUAUGAAGACGCAUGUUGCAGAUUUGGAAAAACAAGUAAGAGAACUAGAAAGUGAAAAGACAAAAUUAUCAGAAGAAUUGCAGGCAGCUCAAAUAAGAAAUGGCAAGCUCCUCAAAAAACUGAAAGAUUUCAAACUUAAAAAUGAGAAUUUGAUGAGAGAAAAUCAAGAAUUAGCUUUAAAGACAGCUGAUGGAUUCUGCAAUUUGGACUCUGCAAUCGAAGAAGAGCUUAAAAUUCAGAUUGACACCCUAGAAAAAGAACUGAAAGAGUACAAGAAUGAAAGAGAAGCAACAAAGGUAGAAAAGGAGUCACUUUUGAAGCAAAUUGAUGUAUUAACUUCAGCAAAUGAAAGGUUUCUUGAAAUGAAAGAAAAGCAAGACAUAGAAGUUGAAAUGAGAGAACGCAAAAACCGAGAACUCAGCAAUGAAAUUGAAGGUCUCCAUUGGAAGAUUUCAGAGUUAAUCGAAGAAAAGUCAGCACGAGAAGCUUUUGUAGAUAAUGAGAGCUUAAGAGAAAAGCAAUUGGAAAUAUCAGACAAUUCUAAAAUCGAUGAACUGGAGCAGCAGAUUGCAGCUCUGGCUGCUGAUAAUGAGAAUCUGCAAAUGCUCUUGGAAGAGCAAAGAAAUUUGAGGCUACAGAUUGAGAAUGUCUGUAGAAAUAAUGCAUCUGUAGGUUAUCAGAAUGCUGAAAUUGAAGAACUGAAACUAGACUAUGAGAAGGUGAAAGAGCAAUAUGACAAAGCUUGUACUGAGCUAAAUAGAAUGUCAGCAAAUAUCCAGAAGUAUAUUACUAUUGAGAAUGAGUACAAACAAUGCUUGCAAAAGCUCAGUAACCUAGAAAAAGAAAAUAUUAUGCUAAUUGAUGAAAAUCAGAAAAUUGUUUCAGACUUAAAUGUGCAUUGCAGGGAAAAAGAGGAUUUUGAAGCAAUUGCAGGAGAAAAUAAUGGUAAAAUACAGGAGCUAGCUCUCCAAAAGGAACAACUGGAAGAACAAAAUCUAGGUUUAUCAAAUGAGUGUUCUGCUUUAAGACAUGAGCUGUACAGCUUACAGGAACAUAUUCAGAGUCUAAAUACUACUUUAGAUUUCCUGAAAACUGAAAAUGUAUCCCUAAAUGAAAAAUUGUCAUUGCUAAUAAUAGAAAGGAAAACUGACACCGAAAAUCUUUCUACAAAUUCAGACACUAAAGACGAUAAGCAAGUUGUUAAAUUGGAGAAAGAAACUGAAACGGAAAGUACUUAUCUGAAAAAAUCUAUCCUUACACAGACACUUUGCACCUGUAUGACAUUGCAAGAGCUGGAGAAUAAAGUAGAGACUCUGGCCACAGCCUUAAAUGAAAAAACUUCUGAACUUGAAGCAUUCCAGUUAGUGCUUGAGAGUGACAGAAAUAAACACUUUAUUUCUGAAAAGGAUUUGAACAUUGAAAUUGAAAGACUUAGAAAUGAGCUUCAGAAACAAAAUGAAAUACUACAGGAAAGAGACAUGAGAAACCUGGAGACAAGUAUCCAGCAGACUUCAGAUACAGAGAAUGUUACCAAAGUGAAGACUCAGUUGGCUAAAGUAAUUCAGGACUACGAAGAAAUGCUUGCAGAAAAGAAACAAGAAAUUUGUCAGUUGCAAACAUUGUUGCAAAAGAAGGAAGAAACCUCAUUGCACCUUUCUCAUAAACAGCUUGAAGAAGUAAUUGCAGCUAAAGAGAAUGAUAUAAUGGAAUUACAAACAAAAUUACAAGAAAAAGAGCAGAAAUUUGAAGAGUGCUUGUAUGAAAAGAAUCAGGAUGUGGAAAAUGAGAGACAAAGAAUUUAUGAAACAGAGAGACAAAUGGAAAGCUUGAUAUUUGCUAAAGAUGAGGACAUACAGAAUUUAAGAAUUGUGCUGGCUGAAAAAGAGAGGACUUCAAAUGAAUUACUUUGUGUGAAGGAAGAGGAUAUAAAAAAUCUAAAAAUAAAAAUUGCUGACAAGGAUGAAAAAAUCGGCCACCUUACUGAAAAGCUCCAUGCAGAAUUGCUGAAAGUUUCUCAUCUGGAGGAAAAAGUUGCUGAACUAGAGCAGAAGGUUGCUCUUCAUGAACUGGAAUAUCAGAGCUUCAGGUUACAACAAGCAGAAACUGCUUCAGAUGUUUCAGAUAUGGCACAGAUAAGCAAUGAUAAUAUUGCACAGGAAAUGGCUGAGGGCAAGCAAAAUGAAUUGGAUGUUGCAUUAUAUAUGUUGCACCAAAGAGAUGUUAGAUGUGAUGAAUUGACUUUAGAACUCAUGCAGUUGUUAGAGGAGCGUGAUACUCUCCAACUAAGACUUUCGAAUGCCUUAAAAGUUAACGAGGACCUUCGAAAUAAGUUGGGGAAAAUAUCAGCGACCUCCACACCAGUUCGAAGUGUGUCACUUUCGUCCCCACACCACUCUCUUUUGAGUGGUGCAGCCUCAUUGGAUCAGUCUGAAAUGGUUCAAGUGGGACAAACACCAGUACCUCCUCAGUCUGAGGAAGCUAAGGAAGAUCUUCAGGCUCUUGCAGAUAAGCUGUCCCAACUACAUAGUGUAGACUACAGACGAGAUGUCACAUUGAAGGACGAAAGUGAACAGCGACACAGUGAGCAGAUACAGUUGCUUCAGCAUAGAGGAAGUGGCAUUGUGCUUGAUGCCAGCUAUACAUUGUCCCGGGAUGUCCAAAGUCCGUCCACUGUGCUUCUGAACUGGAUCAGAGGCCGCAGCACACCCAAGGUGAUGCAUAUAUGAGCUGAUAAAUCACUGAACAGUGAGUGAAGUACUUUGAAGGAAUUGGACAUCCUGGUGACAUUGGUUAAUGUGGUUAAAAUUUCACAAAUGCCAAGUGCAGUUUUGUUAUUUUACUGCAGUCCAUAAACAUGAAGCAAGUUCAUUGUUAUUUUGCUGCAGUCCAUAAACAUGAAGCAAGUUCAUUCAUCUGUGAUAAGCAAUUUGGUAGAGUGCUUCCAUGUUGUUGCGGUUUUUCUACAUGAUUACUGUUAUGUGAUAUCAGUUUUAUCCCAGUGACUAUACUGAGUAUGGAACAAGUGCUUACUGAAAGAAAAAGUUGAAUUUAUUUUUAAUGUACUGAUUGUCGGACCAUUUUUUUUUACUUUAUAUUGUCCAAUACAUAUUGUAUAUGAGAA